UCAAGAACCAGCAGUGAUCACACUCUCCCUUCAACUCUCAAAAGUAUCCUCACUUCUCUAUUCUCUUUUUCUCUCUCUAUUUCUCUUUCAUAUCCCCAUGGAUCCCUACAAGUAUCGUCCAUCAAGUGCUUACGAUACACCGUACUGGACAACAAACUCGGGUCUUCCAGUUUCAAACAACACCUCGGCUUUGACCGUUGGAUCCAGAGGUCCAAUUCUCCUUGAGGACUAUCAUUUGGUUGAGAAACUUGCCAACUUUGAGAGGGAAAGGAUCCCAGAACGUGUUGUCCAUGCUAGGGGAGCUAGUGCAAAGGGUUUCUUUGAGGUCACCCAUGAUGUUACUCACCUCACCUGUGCUGAUUUCCUCCGAUCCCCCGGGGUUCAAACACCUGUCAUUGUUCGUUUCUCUACUGUUAUCCAUGAGCGUGGUAGCCCUGAAACCCUGAGGGAUCCUCGUGGUUUUGCAACCAAGUUCUACACUAGAGAGGGUAAUUUUGAUCUUGUGGGGAACAAUUUCCCAGUCUUUUUUAUGCGUGAUGCAAUGCAAUUUCCAGAUGUGGUCCAUGCAUUCAAGCCCAACCCAAAGACUAACAUCCAAGAGAUGUGGAGGAUUCUUGACUACUGCUCUCACCUCCCAGAAAGUUUGAACACAUUCACCUUCUUUUUUGAUGAUGUGGGUAUUCCACAAGACUACAGGCACAUGGAUGGCUCCAGUGUCAACACCUAUACUUUGAUCAACAAGGCUGGGAAGGUGCUAUAUGUGAAAUUUCACUGGAGACCAACUUGUGGAGUCAAGUGUUUGACGGAGGAAGAAGCUAUUAGGAUUGGAGGAACUAAUCACAGCCAUGCCACCAAGGAUCUCGUUGAUUCAAUUGCAGCUGGAAACUUUCCUGAAUGGAAACUUUAUGUCCAGACAAUGGAUCCUGAUCAUGAGGAUAGAUAUGACUUUGACCCACUUGAUGGAACCAAGACCUGGCCUGAGGACCUUUUGCCCUUGCAGCCAGUUGGUCGCAUGGUGUUGAACAAGAACAUUGAUAACUUCUUUGCAGAGAAUGAACAACUUGCUUUUAACCCUGCCUAUGUGGUUCCUGGUAUCUACUACUCCAAUGAUAAGGUGCUUCAGGGUCGUAUCUUUGCCUAUGGUGAUACCCAAAGGCACCGUCUUGGACCAAACUACAUGCAGAUCCCAGUUAAUGCUCCCAAAUGUGCUCACCACAACAAUCACCACGAGGGUUUCAUGAAUAUCAUGCACAGGGAUGAGGAGGUCAAUUACUUCCCUUCGAGGUUUGAUUCUGCUCGUCCUGCUGAAAGGUUCCCCAUUAAUUCUGCUAUCAUCACUGGAAGGCGUGACAGGCGCGUUAUUGAGAAGGAAAACAACUUUAAGGAACCAGGAGAGAGAUACAGAUCCUGGGCACCAGACAGGCAAGAAAGAUUCAUUCGCCGAUGGGCUGAGGCUUUAUCUGAUCCUCGUGUCACCUAUGAGAUUCGCAGCAUCUGGAUCUCAUACUUGUCUCAGGCGGACAGAUCUCUAGGUCAGAAGGUAGCAUCUCGUGUUAAUGUGAGGCCAACCAUGUGAAUGUAAAUGUGAAGGGUGAUGCAAGCUGGAUCUUUGAGUUGAAGAGAGUACAUGUGAGAUAUGGAAAUGAGAAAUCAGUAUUAUUCCAAUAAUCGCUGUGUAAUAUCAUAUACCGAUACUUUGGUGUUAUAUGGCUCUUAAACUUCAUGCUUCAAUCUAAUAAAUCCCGUUUUGUAUAUUUUUAACUUGUAAGUUCUAUUUAUGAUUUA